AUGGUGAAAAUCCUCCCUGGACCUGAAAAAUCUGCGUCCGAUAAAAAGCUCUACCGAGCCAUUGAGCUUGAUAAUGGCUUACUCGCACUUUUGGUUUCGGAAGUGGACAUUGAUGCUUCGAGUAUGAAUGCUCAGAGCUUUGUUAGUCAGAGUACCUGUGUAAGUUCUAUGGGAAGCGAGCAAGAAGAGGACGGAGGUUCAGAUUGGGAAGAUUGUGAUGAUGAUGAAGAGGAAGAUAAGUGUCGAAAAAUGGCCGCUGCUUCGAUGGUAGUCAACGUUGGAAGCUUUCACGAAAAGGCCGAGUGCCAAGGACUUGCACAUAUUUGCGAACAUAUGGUUUCUAUGGGCUCUACAAAAUAUCCAGAUGAAAAUGAGCUCGAACAGCUUCUCGCUCGAAAUUCAGGGGAUUCUAAUGCUUUCACUGAGGCGGAAUAUACGAAUUAUCAUUUUGAGGUGGCUCCGGAUAAGUUUCAAGAAGCACUAGACAUCUGGGCACAUUAUUUUAUCGACCCGUUGAUGAAGGAAGAAUCUAUAGAACGCGAAGUCACUGCAGUGCACUCAGAAUUUGAAGUCAGUAAAAUGGAUGACGAUUGCCGCAGAGAACAGAUUUUACAAGAAGCGAUUUUGAAAAAAGACCAUCCGCAAAGUAAUUUCAACUGGGGAAACAAAAAGAGCCUGAUUGAAGAUCCGAGAGAAAUCGGCAAGUCUGCCUUUGAAAUGCUUCACGAAUGGUUUCCCCGAAAUUAUUCGUCAAAAUUUAUGAAACUCGCUCUUCAGAGCCCUCAUUCACUCGAUGACAUGCAACAGUGGGUUGAAGACAUUUUUUCACAAAUCCCUACUCGCGAUCUUACUACCCCCUUGGACGAACCGGACUGGUCGAUCGGUUCCGCAUACGAAGAUCAGAAUGUUUCUAAGCUGAUAAAGUACGUUCCCGUUGCCGAUGGAAACUUGAUGGAUAUCAUUUGGAGUAUUCCACCUCAAAUUGAUCUUCAUAGAAUCAAGCCGCUCAAGUUCUACAGCUGGCUUCUCAAACAUCGUGGAAAAGGUUCUUUCUUGUACUAUCUCAAGCAAAACGACUGGGCUAAUGACCUGAAAGAGAUCGAAAUCGAAGAAAACAAGUUCCAUUCUCGCAUUCGAAUACAACUCCGUCUUACAGAAUCCGGUCUCGCCAAUUGGGAACAAGUCGUUCAGGCAAUCUUCAGUUAUCUUGCUUUGGUUAGAGCGCAGCCAGAAGUAGAAAAGGCGCGUAUUUUCGAAGAAAUUAAAGCCGUUGAUAAUAUUGGCUGGAACAGCAAGGAAGAAGGAGAGCCCCUUGCUAACUGUACCGAUAUUGUCGAAACAAUGCAGUACAUUGAUGAUUCUACCAGGUGGCUCGAUGGCGACUACAUAUUGUUCGACUACGAUUCUGAGAAACUCGAUGAAGUUCUUGAAUAUCUUGCACCAGAAAGAUGCACCUUGAUUUUGAGCUCUAAGAAAUUCGAAAAUGCGACUGAACACGAGGAGAAAUGGAUGGGCGGGAAAUACUCGAUCGAAGAUUUGAAUGAAGCAACAAUAGCCAGCUGGAAACAAAGUGAGCCUCUUAGUGAGUUCUCCAUUCCAUCGUCGAACAAGUAUCUUGCUACCGAUCUGACGAUCAAAGACGACGAGCCGAGUACUGACUGGGACGCAAUUCAGAAAAUCGAGCACACAGAAUAUGGAGAGCUUUGGUUCAAAGGAGAAGGCGAUUCAAAUCUUCCUCGAGCAACUAUCUCACUUUUAGUACGAUCGAGUCUGCCGUUUGAGGGCGCUAGAAACAUGGCGAUUCAUGAAUUCUUCCCGUAUAUUCUCACUCGAACAAUGGAUGACGAAAUAAGUGAUGCUGAGAUAGCCCUUCUCACUAUCGAAAUCAAACCAGAUACGAACACGGUCAACCUGAAACUCACAGGAAUAAACGACAAACUAAGGCUGGUUUCUAAUGCUAGUUUUUCAUGA